GCUGCCCAGAGCCACAUGAACAUCUACUGUCUGCCUCUCACACCUUCUUCUAGGGAGCCUCGGAGGGAGCACAGAUUUGCUGGUAUUAUUCUGGUAGAGUUUAGGAGAUUUAGGAGGCAUGUAACCAAAUUAGAGGUUCUGUUGCUUGCGUGUGCAGAAGAUUUAGAAUGCACCCCUGGAUUCCAGCAAAAGGUUUUUUAUAUUGAACAGCCAUUUGAAUUCACAGAGGACCAGCCAAUUCUGAACCUGGUGUUUGAUGACUGCAAGGGGAAUAACAAAUUGAACUUCGAAGUUUCUAACCCAGACUUUAAGGUGGAACACGAUGGAUCUUUAGUUGCACUGAAGAAUGUAUCAGAAGCUGGCAGAGCUUUGUUUGUCCAUGCACGGUCUGAGCAUGCUGAGGAUAUGGCAGAAAUUUUGAUUGUUGGAGCUGAUGAGAAGCACGAUGCAUUAAAGGAAAUCUUUAAGAUAGAAGGCAACCUUGGAAUUCCAAGACAAAAAAGGGCUAUUCUGGCGACUCCAAUAUUAAUUCCAGAAAAUCAAAGACCACCAUUUCCCAGAUCAGUUGGCAAGGUCAUCAGGAGUGAAGGGACAGAGGGAGCAAAGUUCCGACUCUCUGGUAAGGGAGUAGAUCAAGACCCGAAAGGAAUUUUUAGAAUCAAUGAGAUCAGUGGGGAUGUCUCUGUGACCCGACCCCUGGAUAGAGAAGCAAUAGCCAAUUAUGAGCUGGAAGUUGAAGUAACGGAUUUAAGUGGGAAAAUCAUUGAUGGCCCAGUCCGCUUAGAUAUUUCUGUUAUUGAUCAAAAUGAUAACAGGCCGAUGUUCAAAGAAGGACCCUAUGUUGGUCACGUCAUGGAAGGAUCCCCUACAGGAACAACUGUGAUGCGGAUGACAGCAUUUGAUGCUGAUGAUCCUAGCACAGACAACGCUCUUCUGCGGUAUAACAUCCUCAAGCAGACACCUACCAAACCUUCCCCAAAUAUGUUCUACAUUGACCCAGAAAAGGGAGAUAUUGUCACAGUGGUGUCACCUGUACUGCUGGAUCGUGAGACAAUGGAAACGCCGAAGUACGAGCUGGUUAUUGAAGCCAAGGAUAUGGGCGGCCAUGAUGUGGGACUUACUGGAACUGCAACUGCCACUAUUCUUAUUGAUGACAAAAACGACCACCCACCAGAAUUUACCAAGAAGGAGUUUCAGGCCACAGUAAAGGAAGGAGUCACAGGAGUAAUAGUAAACUUAACUGUUGGUGACCGAGAUGACCCAGCAACUGGAGCAUGGAGAGCUGUCUACACUAUUAUUAACGGAAAUCCAGGGCAGAGUUUUGAAAUCCAUACCAAUCCCCAGACUAAUGAGGGAAUGCUCUCUGUUGUCAAACCUUUAGACUAUGAGAUUUCAGCAUUUCACACAUUGCUGAUAAAAGUAGAAAAUGAAGACCCGUUGAUUCCAGACAUAGCCUACGGUCCCAGUUCCACAGCAACAGUUCAGAUCACCGUUGAGGAUGUGAAUGAAGGCCCUGUUUUCCACCCAAACCCAAUGACAGUGACAAAACAAGAGAACAUCCCUAUUGGCAGCAUUGUGUUAACAGUAAAUGCCACUGAUCCAGAUACUUUGCAACAUCAGACUAUCAGGUAUUCAGUUUACAAGGAUCCAGCAAGCUGGCUAGAGAUUAAUCCCACCAAUGGUACCGUUGCCACCACUGCUGUCCUGGAUCGGGAAUCUCCUCAUGUUCAGGAUAACAAAUACACUGCUCUCUUCCUGGCAAUAGACAGUGGUAACCCUCCUGCUACAGGUACAGGAACUUUACACAUCACCUUGGAGGACGUCAAUGACAAUGUCCCCUCCCUUUACCCAACACUGGCAAAAGUCUGUGAUGAUGCUAAAGAUCUCAGAGUAGUGGUACUAGGAGCAUCAGACAAAGACCUCCAUCCCAACACAGAUCCAUUUAAAUUUGAACUGAGUAAGCAAUCUGGUCCAGAAAAGUUAUGGAGAAUCAACAAGCUUAACAAUACUCAUGCCCAGGUUGUCCUGCUUCAAAACCUGAAAAAGGCCAAUUACAACAUCCCAAUCUCAGUGACAGAUUCUGGAAAACCACCUCUGACUAACAACACAGAACUGAAAUUACAAGUGUGUUCCUGCAAGAAAUCCAGAAUGGACUGCAGUGCAAGUGAUGCCCUUCAUAUCAGCAUGACUCUUAUCCUUCUUUCACUCUUCAGUUUAUUUUGUAAGUCUUUUCCUUAAGUGUAAGCAAUGAAUGUUAUUUAUCUGCUUGCUUUUGCACUAUAAGAAACCUUACCAAGAGAGAAGUUAACUUUAUUUUUUCCCUGCGGUAGAUGCUAUACAGAAGUAGGAGGGGAGGGAUUUUUCACAGUCAAAAAAUAGCAACAAAUGCCGGGUUGUCAAAUUAAGAAAUAGAAGCAAUAAUUCUAGGAAGAAUCAAAGAGAAUUAAAGCUAGCAUAUGAUAAACUAAGAAGUACCAGCUGUAGUAACAGAUUUCUGAGAUGCUUUCUUUCAUCUCUCCCCACUUGAAUUCAAUUCAAAAGCAGAAACUGAAGAUUAAAAGGUGUUCUUGUAACAAUAACUGUUCUGGGUCACCAUGAAAAUGAGUACUGUCUGCUUCAAUCUAUUUGUCCGUAAAGUGCGCGAGCAAUUGGAACAUAAGGAACUUACUGAAGAUUCUGGGUUUAGAGACACUCAAACUGAUAACCAGAAUAGCAGGUCUGUGUUGAGGGAGAGAGAACUGAUGCAUAAAGGAAGCUUCUGCUGCUUUAGAGAAAGCUUUCUAAAAGUCUUAUGAAAUUCCUAAUCUGAAUUAGGAGUUUAAAAAAAAAAAAAAGCCCCAAAUGACUGAAGAGUAGGAAUUGAAACUACAGACUUGUAACAUCCAACCUAGAUGUAUCCCUGCGUUGCUUUGUAACAGUUUCCAGCAAGUUUUUAAUGCACUUUUAUUUUGAGUUCCUUAACUGCUGAAAAAGAAUUGCUGUAUCCUAUAGCUAUGGUAGAAGAUGUAUUAUUCAAGGACUAUUACCAUCACAUCAUGUUAGUAAAAUGCAUUGUAUGGUGAAUUAACUCCCAAGCCAUGGUGAAAGCCCUUAUAUUCUUGAUGAAGUACAGUCUACCGUUAGACAGAGGCCAAGACAGUUUAGACAUCUGAGGCUUUGUACGUGCUUGAUUACAUAUCUUCUCAGGUGUUCUUUUAACCUAUAGUAUAUUACUUUUAUCCCAGAAGGUUAGCAUGAAGGUUAUUGUGAGAGAACUAGCUCAUGUUCAUGAUGCUCUCUGAAGAUGAAAAGGACUAUAUAAAUGCUAAGUGAAAAUUCCCAUUCUUUGUUCUAAUCAGCAACAUCUGGCUUUGGUUCAGUUAUUCUGGGUUUAGUCAACUAGAAACAAAUGCAGACUUCAGCUGUUAGAAGUAAUAUGUUAGAAAUAUGUGACAGUACAUGACAGCAUUGCAUCAGUGAUAUAAAGAUGCAGCCCACUGCUUCAAAUACAUUCUCAUUACCUCUUCAUAAAUGUUGCUGUUGCAGUACUAAACAUGACUUACAUCACUGGGCUAACAUUCCUGGCUGUGAUUUGUACUUGAACUUUAGUUACAUUAUUGCAUCUGCUCAAACUAUAAGGUAGAGAAAAGCAUUUUGCUUUUGGAAGUAUUCAUGUUGCUGUUUUUUAGCCCUCAGUUAUACUGAGCAAUUAAAAAGCAGUUCCAGGUUUUGUAUAAUGCUUCUUGAGCUGCUCUUUUUGACUACAGAUCUUCUCCAGCUGAACUGUGGGCAGAAUGUUGGCCCCUACAAUCUGAAUGGUGCACGGUGCUCAGACUGAUGGAGGGACUCCCCCUCCUACUGUAAAAGAAUAAGUAGCACUUAAUUGUCUUGACAUGUGUGCACUGUUUCCUAGUGCACUGAGCCUUUUCACAACCUUAAAGUUGUAAUUUUUGCACUAUAUAGUUGUGUGUUCUGGGUUCAUCCAGUUAUACAGAGAGGCUGGUACUCCAUGUCUGGUACAGUCAUCUUUUCAUGCUUGUGCAAAGACAGCAAGCAAUAGUAAUUAUUUUUCUCAGGUAUAGACGACUACAUGGAGACACGAAAGAAUGGUGUCAGGAGCCAGUUUAAAUAAUGUGGGUCUGUAUUUGAACUUCUAUAAAAUGUGCUGAUAUCACUGCAUUUCAAAUUCAUUUUCAGACACAGUUCUUUUAUAGCUGUGAUUAGUUCCAUCACAAUGUUUUGUCUAGUCCAAAUAUUUAUCAGAGUAAUCAAAGAUUACGAUGCCAUAAAAACAAAAAGAACUCUAGUGCUUAUUGAACAGAUGAAAUAUCCUAUUUCUAGUGGUAAGUUAUGGGUUUAAUUUUUGCAAAAGCCCUUACGAGGCUCAGUUUGCUCCCAGUGUUUAUCUUUUAUGAGGCUCUUGUUCCUAGGAGGUAAAUCCUUCAGUCAAACGAACUUUGUUAUUCAUGCCAAAGUAUGUCUUUUUGUAUUUGACAUCUGGCGUGAGGAUAGAUAGCCCUAUGAAAGAGCUGUUCAUGGUGGAAGUGCCCUGCACAAAUCUCCUCCCUAUACAAAACAUAUUGGUAUUAUCAUUUAAAUGGUACAGUUAUUAUCUACACUUGGAAUAUGUGCUUCUUUUUGUAAGUCACAGAAGAAGACAUAUGUGGCAGAUUUCUGAAGUAACUGAGCACAGAACUGAAGAGCCUGAUUAAAACUGUAAUGCAUGCAAAAAGUACCACCUAUUCUGUAGCCGCCUACAGUGUUCAGUAUACCGAAGGAUAAUGAGAUACAGACUACAGAGUUGCCCAGAAGCCCUUGGAAAGGUAGAUAUACUUCAAACAAGAAAAGCUUAGGAGCUCUUCUCAGUCCAGAUCAGAAAUGCAGGAUACUGAAGUAUAUGGGCAAUGUAUGUUAUUGCUUUGUUCUGGAAUAACAAGAUGUUUGGCAGUAUUAGAAGAUGGCAGCUACAGAGUUGAUUGGGGGGGGGGGGGGGGGAGCAUCUUUUGAAAUUGUGUACUUACACUAACUUAGUAUUUCUGGGAGUUGCUGAACUGAAGCUGGCAAGGCAUCUUACUGGCAGAUACAGGGCUGUCCAAAGUUAUAACAGUUAAUGCUAAUAAAUAUUGGAAAGAAUAUUAAAUCUCAUGUCAUUACUGCAGGCGCUGUGUUUCAAACAUGACUUAGCGUAACAGCAUCUUGUCCUCUGUCAGCUUUUCCUAGCUGCAGCUGCAGAUAAGAUGGCACCAAUUUGUUGCAGAUGAUACAAUUUAGAAUUUUAGUAAUUCAGAGUGAGGAAAAAGCACAGUGAGCCCUAUCUGUUCUUCCUAGUGAAAGAGAAGGACUACAUAAAUCAGUUAGUUGAGGAGGAUGAGUUGGAGAAAAAGAAGGUAUGUUUUUGAGCAGGUCUGGUGCUGGGUCUGAGACUGUCCAUGUUGUUCCUUACUGCUGCUGUACUGUCUCAGUUGUUGGUUUGGUUGGUUGGUUGUUUUUAAUGUGCAGUGUUUUUGUUCGGUUUUUGUAAUCAGACCGAUGGACUACAAAGGUAUAAGUUAGCUUGAACAUAAUAAGGUGAGAGGCUGGGGGGGAAGUACUGCUAUGAAGAAAUUAGAUGAGCUGCAAGUCUGCAUUGGAAUUAAUUUGCUAAAUUGAGGGUGAAAGGCCUCAGGUGUGCUGAAAAACAGGAGACUUGCACAGAUGUCAGUGCUGUGAUUGCAGAGAUGCCUUAAAGACACUCCUGAAUUUAACUAACUUACUAUUAAUUGCCCUAACUUUUCCUCUUUUAAUGCUUGUCCUUCCUUACCAUAGUAUUUUUCUGAUUUGAAGAAUACAGCGGAAGUGUCUACAGACAAAAUGUUUGGUUUUUCUUCCUUGAAAGUCAGGUGUGGUAUUAAGUCAGUCAUUACAAACAUUUAAAUGGUAUUUUAGCAGAGUUGAAUUUUUCUGAAUGUACAGCUAGAACUGCAGUGUUCUCUUUCAGUUAGUUCAUUUUUCAAAGUAAUAGAAGCACCAUCGGUACCUCUUGUACAUCCUUUGUUAUUUUAUGCAGGAACAUCAAGUGUUUCAAGACUGAAGCAAUGCAUUCUUGAAUGGCAUGAGACUAAGACAAAGCAAAGUUUCAAAUGGAAAAGACUUCUAAGAUCACAGAUCUUUUGAUUAUCAGUCUAGUUUGGUUACCUGCAGAUUCACUUUUCAGCCUAUACCAUGUGUUACUUGGCGAGUUCUAAACAAUCAUGUAACGCAACUAAUUCUUUCAGAGCAGGACCUCCACCUCUCUCCCAAAAAAUAAAAGAAAAUAAUUUCCAUUGCACAUACUGCAUAUAUCACAUGGGUACAUAAAGUAGUAGCUAAUUAAUGCUGACAGUGAGUUCCAGGGUUAUGGAGCAGGGGAAGGAUGGUUUGAGGGUUAAGGGAGCAUAGUCUGUCUUGAUAGGAGUCUCACUUGUAACACAGACAUCUGUGCCCAGUCUUCUAAUUUCUCUGCAGGUGUACUGGGCUUUGGGAGCCCACCUGAAGUUAAUGGGGCUUGAAAUGGCACAGAAGUCCAUAUGUACAUAUAUAAUUGGAGAGAGGAUGUUUAUAUACCUACUCAUGUAGAUAUGACAAAUAGAAAUACCUUCAAAUUAUACAUAAACAUAUUUAAAAUGUACUUAAUGAGAUUAAAUUCUACUGAGUCAAUUAGGUGGGAAAUGGUGUUUUAUGCAUAUUUCAAACCAUUCAAUCAUGUUCUAGAAGUAUAGCUUUGGAAAAAAAACACUACACUUUAGAAGCUGUGUGUUUGGAAUGUAGAACAGGAAAAUAUUACCAGCAAAUACAGCUACUUCACUAAAAGCUGUAAUGUUGAUCCUGAUGGUCAUUCUGUAGACAUGAAAUGAACAUUUAAAGAGAUUAGUUUGAUAGACCAUUCAGUGGCAUGAAUUCAAAUGAACAUUUUAUGUUUUCAUUUUCUCAGUAGUAACCAUUGAUAUAUUAUAAUAGUUUGUGUUUCUUUUCAGAAGAGCUUCUUAACAUCAGCUAAAUACUGUUCUGGAGUGGACUAUGACUAAAAACUAGAGCUGAACAGAUACCCACUUCAAAUAUUUUUCUCUGUCUACAACGGCAGCUACACUUUCUGUUGUUUUUUUUAUUUCUUUUAACUAUCAUCUGCUUCCUUUGAUAUUUCCCUACCUCUCCACAUCCCAACACCUCACAUACUAUUCACUUGUAUAUGAGACUGAAGAUCUGAUUGUGCCUAAAGGUUAGAUGGUGCUGCUUUUGCUCCUCAUUAAUGUCUGGAGUAUUUCAGACCUACAUCUUAAAACCCUAUCUUACCCACACUCACGAAGUCUGUAUAUCACUGGUCAGUAUUCACACUUGUCAAACUUACAAAUUCCUCUUCAAAAUUUUUGAAAUAAAGCCUGGUAAAUUUCAGUGUAGCCAAAUUUGACAGUUCUCCUUUCAUUUCUUCUCUUCCAUGGCUUCAAAGCAUACUAUUUUCCACUCAUAAUUAUUCUUACUUAAUAAGAGUUUCUUUUAGAUGAUUCUUUCAGUAUUUCAAGCUGGGAUUAGGGUACACCUGCAGAUCUGAACGUGUCUGGACUACUUAGGUUCAUGUUUAACUUCGUAAAAAAUGAUAGUGAACUAACCUGUGCUGCUGUGGAUGUUGAGAUCUGACUGCCUAAACAGUUACACGUUGCCUUAAAAGGCUGCCUAGGUGGAGAUUUUUUUAUGCAUUUCAUUUUCAGCAUACACAUGAAAAAUCAGAUUUGUUCAACAUUACUAUUUCAAAACUGUACUUACUCAUUUCACUUGCUGCAUAUUUUCAACUGUUCAGCUAAAUUUAUCAGAUUGGAGCAUCAGAAAAUGUAUUUCCAGACUGCAGGUAAUCACCUCUCUACUUCCUUUGUUUUCAAGGAACUGGCAAAGAAAGGAAGUUUCUUUGCUAUUGGUCAAGCAAAGGUGACAUUGUUCAGACAAAGCAUCCAGCUAAAAUUCAUACCAAUUUAAAAAAAGAAAAGAAAAAACCCAUCAACAAUGUCUUAGCUGCUUUGUCACAGAAUUUACUUCACCACCACCCCCAAUAAGGUGCAUGAUAUCCAUGACAAAUAGGAAUUGUGUAAAAUAAACAUAGUUCUGUGCUGCACAAUACAGGCUUCUAGAACUUCCAAGCAAACCUAACUAGCCUUUCAGUUAAUGAACUUUUCUCUCAGAUAGAUAAAUGUGUAUUAGUACUACACAUGCACAUACAUUUUGUGUGUCAUCAGGGCAACCCAGUGCAAAGAUAGUGUGUGUGACUACAUGACAAGGAGAAGCAGAAACAAGGAUUCAGCAGUGAGCAAGGCUCAUGUGAGAAGGUACAAGACUAAGACUGCUUUGGUGUAGAAUCAGUGCUGUCCCUGAUCUGCCAGUAUAGUCUCAUUAUUAGUUAGUAGCAUGUGAGACACUCCUGGAAAUAUCAGCUGCUGAUGUCAAACAACUACUAUUUGAAAAUGACUUCUGCCUGAGCAACCUUUUCCCUUGUGCAAGCUGUUUAGUUGGGACUGGCAUGUUUUUCCCAGUCUUGCCCAUUUUGGCUAAUUGCAUGGCACAUACCUGAAGUUCAAUACUGACAUUUAUAUACAAGCGCCUACCGGAGCUUUGAACAGAAUUACAAGAUAUUCAUUCCACAAACACAGCACUAAUACAUACAGUGUUUUUCCUAUCAUUAGGAAUUUUGGAAUCAUCUCUUAUGAUGUCUGAUGUUACAAGUGCAAGUUUUCAGGAUAAACGCAUUUAGUUUGUAAAAAGGUCUGUAAACAAAUUUGCUCUAACCACAAGCACACCUAAUAUGAAAAAUGGAUUUCUUAAUUGUUCGAGUAAGAUUGUAGGUUAUCUGAGGACAGUGCUUUCAGCCUCUCUAAUUCAAUGAAAUUUGGGAUGAAAAGAUCCCCGUCUUUCUCUCAGAAGACAAUUUCCAGGAAGUCACAACCAGUGACCACUGGAACUUGGCACUUCCAUCAGCAUACAGUCACUGUGCUGGACCUCAGAAGAGGCCACAGGUGAAUGUAACUUCUUAAUAAUUACUUUACAGAAAUGUACAGUAUAUUAUACUUUAACAGCAUGCGGUGCAAACACUGACACUACCGGUGUUGAAAUUUACCUAUGUCAAAUCAACCAGUGAUGUACAUGAAAACCAUUUCUGUUUUUCUAAGUUCUACAUGAAAGCUAUAUUAAUAAACUGUGUAUGUAAUUAAUGCCCUUUUAUAGAUGCUAAAGUCAGGAAAGAAGUACCUGAAUGUUGAUUAACUGCCUCAUCAGAAACAUGGUCCUGAUCUCUUCUACCAUUUUUCCAUUACCCCUUUAACAUUACUGAGGUUUCGAUAAAGUCCAUGAUGUAAUGCAGACUUCUAAUUAAGCAAAGAUUAAUGUAAUAUUUCUGAUGAGAAGGUAAUUAAAGGAAAUCUAAAGAAAUGGAGCAUGCCUGAGUUGAACUCCAGACUCCAGCUGUGUUAACUUUCUUCACUGUGCUAAAUGAAAAUUAAAGGAUGAAUACAUCUUGGGUAAA